ACCGUCAAAACAAAAGUUUCUACGGAAGCCCAAAGAAAGCAAAAAAAAAAAGUAAACGAUGAGAUCAUUCAUCAUCAGGACGUUCUGACUAAGUUUAAAGACAGAUUCUACUUACAGAAUGUAAUGAAAUGUUGCAAUGGUGCAUGUAAAAUUAAUACUCGAAACUAUGACAGUUUAGAUGAUAAUCUCAUAAAAUCCAUGGAAAUUAUGUGGAAAAAAGAGGUUUAUUUUACAUUUAGUUUAUAUAAUGAACAAUAAUCAUCUGCAGUUGUUGUGUGAAGUCAUUUUAUAUUUGAUUAUUUUAACAUUCAGGCUGUUUUACACACAUGUAAAAACUCUAAUCAGUGAAAAAUGAAGUUGGUUAAUUAUGCAUCGGUGGAGUUGCUCUUCAUUGUAGUAAGGCUGCUGUAGACGGACCCUUGACUAAAGAACAUUUGACAGGUUUAGUUUGUCUAAAAAAAGGUAAUUAUACACACAAACACAAACAAUCGGUGUGAAAAUACUAUGAGGGUCUAUGUCAGUCUUUAUCAUUUCCUGAAAGAUUUUCAAUGAUUUGGUUAAAACUUUGAAUUCACAGAAUCUGAAGACCAAUGAUGACGACAUCUGUGAAAUCUUCUCCUCAGAGACUCUGGGAUUAUUUUGUAACUUAGAUUUGUUUCCUUGAGGAGGGGGCAGCACAACACCAAACCUGAAACACCCGUAGUCUUAAAGAACAUGAAAUAGAAAGUGUUUGAGAGCAACAACCCAUUUGUGGUCAAGUUAAGACUGUUUCUGUUGAAAGACUUUUCCUGAGUUCAUUCGUCUCUGGUGGAGGAACACAGUGACUGUGAGAAGGGUGACAACAUGGCUGCUGCUGGAGACCUGAGAACUCAAUAUCAGUUCCUUUGCUCCAUCUGUCUGGAUGUCUUCAAUGAUCCAGUCAGUACAUCGUGUGGACACAACUUCUGCAAAGACUGCAUCACUACACACUGGAAUAUGAAUGACCCGCCCAAGUGUCCCAUGUGUAAUGAGGUUUUUCACACAAAACCUCAGUUGAAGGUCAACACUUUCAUCUCUGGGAUGGUUGCUCAGUUCAGACAGGAAGCUGGGGGACACCUUCAGACGAAAGAGGCUGACAUUCAGCAGAUGAUGCAGAAGAGACUAGUGAAGAUCGCGGAGAUCAAACGCUCGAUGAAGAUGGGUAAAAAUGAUGCCGACAGAGAGAUAGCAGAAGGUGUUCAGGUCUUCAUGGCUCUGAAGGAGUUUGUGGACAAAGGCCUGGACCAGCUCAUCAAGGAGAUCGAGGACAAACAGACGACGGCAGAGAAACGGGCCGGAAAUCUCAUCACCGAGCUGGAAAAGGAAAUCUCUGAGCUGAAGAAGAGGAGCACUGAAUCCUUGAGAAGUGCUCCACCAACCAAGGACUGGACAAACGUCAGAAUCCAUCCACCAUCACAUCAGGGGACUGUGGUGAGAGCGGUGGCUCAGCUGGAGGAGUCCUUCGCUAAAGAGACGAAGAAGAUAAAGAAGGCGGAGCUGAAGAGGGUCCAGCAGUUUGCAGUGGAUGUGACUCUUGAUCCUGAUACAGCAUAUCCCAGGCUCAUCCUGUCUGAUGAUGGAAAACAAGUCACAUAUGGUGACGUGAUGAAGAAUCUUCCUGACAACCCAAAGAGAUUUUCCUCUUAUCCAAAUGUCUUAGGAAAGCAAAGUUUCUCCUCAGGCAAAUUUUACUUUGAGGUUCAGGUUAAAGGAAAAACCGAGUGGGAUUUAGGAGUCGCUAGAACAUCGGUCAACAGGAAGGGAACGAUCAUACUGAGCCCCAAGGAUGGAUUCUGGACGAUUUGGUUGAGAAAGGUUAAUAAAUCUCUUCUUGGACCUGCGGGCUGCUUCUCUCUGAGGCCUCAGCCCGAGAAGGUGGGUGUGUUUGUGGAUUAUGACGAGGGUGUGGUCUCCUUUCAUGACGUAGGUACUGCAGCUCUGAUCUUCUCCUUUACUGGCUGCAACUUCACUGACAACCUCCACCCCAUCUUCAAUCCCUCCAUGCAAAAUGAAAACUCUGUCCCUCUGAUCAUCUGUCCUGUCAAUCAAACUACCUGACAUCAACCUCGAAAAGCCUUGUUUUCACAGAGUGGAAUGGUUCAGUUUGAUAUUUCAGCACCCUUCCCUUGGCGAACCAGUGUAAAAUGGUAUGGUACGGUCAGGGUGGAGCUAGACUGGCUCCACCCUUGACAGUCAGCUGCUGGAUGUCCUCCUUUGUUGUCUGCUGUGACGUGCUCCAUGUCAUUGUUAGUUGUCAUCGCACCGGUACAGCGUCAUACAAUGCAGCCAUCUGGCACAGUCUAUCCCAGGACAUUACCAUUCCAAACCGAACUGUACUAUAAUUGAAACACAGCAUAUCAGAUGAUCACAUUACCUUUACUCCCGACAUCUUCUCCUUUUUGAUAAUCAAUUAAUUGGUUUGAAGCUU